GAGGCGUUUGUCAUUCGGAGGAAUGUUUUUGGGGCGAAUGUGGUAGUCUAGUCCGGGGUAGUGAUGUAGAUUCGUUAUAAAAACAAGAUAUUAUUUCCAGCACUGAUCUUCCACAACCGGCAAUCGCUUCCGAAGACCCCCCGGAACGUAAACAUUGCCAGUGCCACACGCAACAACAUCGCGAUAACCGCGUGGUAAACAUCCCGGCAACGUGCUCGCUCGGCUCCGGAUGAGUUCCCCAACGUUCGGGACCAGGGGAAAAGCCCGAAGCUGGGAAGCUUCCAAUACGCAUGUCCCAUGCCAGGCGAGCCAUUGAGUACCGUCCAAGGCAGAUUUUCUCCUCAAUCGUGUCGCAGUUCUGCUCGCGGAAGGUCCCGUUUUUUCGCGUCUCCUCUGGUGUAUUAUUCAAGUCCAAAAAAGUACUUUUGGAAGGAAAAUUUUCUACCCUUGAAGCGUUUUUCACUGCAGAAAACCUAUCCAACCGACCAUUUUAUAGACGUAGUGAGCUUUUAGAAUGCAUGACAUUUCCCCUACAAGCUGUUAGCCCAAAGGAGCUUAAUGGCUCAUCCAACGUGCUACCGCAGUCGUGUUUGACGAAUCCUUCGCCGCCGAAAGCAGACAUGUGCGAAAACUCACAGUCCAGCGUUGACGAUAUCGUUAGCGUCGAGGAAACUGUCGGUCUAGUGAAUACAGCUGCAAGCGGUUUGCCCGAACCGAUAAGCCUCAGCAAGAAAGCUCUCCACCAACGGGAUGCUGACGAAAACCUGUUCCUGCGAUUCCUGGAGUUGGACCCUCCGCUGGAAACCGCUGGAGCCGUCCCUUCGACACCCCGACGUAGUUCAAUUAGUUCCAACAAGCCAAACCCCGGUAGAACACCUUUCACCAUAACGAAACGUUUGACCCGCAUCGGCGACAAAGGAUUUGGGUUUUCCAUCGUGUGGACGCAUCCCCCACGGGUGGAGAAAGUAGAAUCAGGGCUGUCCGCAGAAAAGGCCGGUAUUCUACCAGGGGACUACGUGGUGUUUGUCGACAAGCACAAUGUCGUUACAAUGCCGGAGCUGGACGUGCUGAAUUUGAUCAAGACCCAAGGCAGCACGCUUUUGCUGGAAAUCUUUCGACGUCCACAACGACCGUCCAAUGGUCUAAGGCCGGGAAGUGCUGGCACUACGUGCAAUAGCAAUAUGUUAAAUUUUGCACCAUUCACUGCUCAGGUGCAAUUUCAUCAGCAACAACAGCAGCAGCUACAACAACAACAACAGCAGUUGCAGCAGCUACACGAUGAGGAACCGUCCUUGAAACCUUCAGUCGCUCCAGCCCGAUCGUCCACCGCAUGUUCCAACAUCUCGAUUGAAACCGCCAAGCGGAAACUCAAUCUUCCUCAAGUGACAUUCAGUAAAGAGUCCAUACUGCAGCAGUUCCCAGACGACCACCGACGAAAGUUCCUCUACCAACUGAUCAGUCGAGAGCAGCACUUUGUGACGGCAAUCAACUUCGGAAUUGAUCGCUUUGUGAACCCCCUGAGGGAACGGAAGGACCUCAUCUCACCCAACGAUCACAAAACACUUUUUCAGAACAUCGACGAACUAUCACGAAUAUCGGAAGACAUUCUAGAGCAAAUCAUCCAAGAUGAAACCGAGCCUCAAAUCCACUUUGCAUCCCGCGUGUAUCUGUCCAAAUGUACGGCCCUCUGUGCGGCCUACAAAAAGUACUGCAAUGGCCUCAAGAAAGCCGACUGUGUGCUGGUCAACAAAUCGAGAAACAGUAGCUGUGAUUUUAUGCGUUUUAUUACGGAACCGCCGGUGCCACGGAAACGUCCAGACCUGACCACCUUCAUCCAUCGACCGCUGCAGCAUUUUAGGGAAAUUUUAAAACUAGUCCAGAUGAUCGCGUCCCAUUGUCGUGUAGAUAGCGAAGAACACAACAACUUCAACAGUAUUAUUAAUGAAUUACAGCUGGCGUAUCGGGAGAUAACCGUUGGUGGAGGCCUAAUGGAACCAAUCGGAGAAGGACGACCGCUGUUAACGUUACAAGAUCUGGAAGCCCGAAUGGUUUUCACCAAGUGCAAACCAUUCCAACUGGCUUCCCAUGGAAGGCAGUGGAUUUUCGGUGGCGAUUUGUCUCGUGUGGAAGGUCGUUCGGUGAAACCGUACUGGACUUUGCUGUUCAGCGACAUCCUAUUGUUUGCCAAGGUUAGCCGGGAUCGGGUGCUGUUCAUCACGGAGGAACCGAUUGCGCUGUCCACGAUAACGGAUUCCUGUUUCAACAUAAGGAAAAAGAACACCGAGUUCCGGAUAACCACCGACCCAAACGGUCGCCAAAUUGAGAGUCCAACCGUUCACUGUGCACCCGAUUUAACAAGAACUCCCAAAAGAAAUUCCAAGAAACGAUGCAUAGUGUUGCGUGCGCCAUCUACCGAGCUGAAAGCAGUAUGGCAAAACCUUCUCACGAGACAAAUCUUCCUAGUGAACGCCACCCUUGGAUCGACCCCACUUAGCAGCCCUCUGGAUUCGCCGGACAUCUUGCAAACACUAGUCCCCAUCGGAGACAUUGGAACGGCAGCAGCCUCGAUGGCAUCCGUCAAGGUUCCUUCGCUGGACAGCAUCCAUCUCAAGAAUCAACAGUCACGGUCAAGUAAGGUCCCCAAGCAGGUAGAGGAAAUGAUCGAUGAAAAGUGUAGGAACCUGAACAAAACAGGUGUCCCCAAGGGCAGUGCAUUGCAUCUGGCCCAGUGGAUGAAGGGACAGCUAGACAAACAAGUAGUGGAGUCCGAUCCAAUCGAUUCCGAUCCAGAAGCAGCAAUUGAAGAGUGGUCCGUUGAACAGGUCACGAAUCGAUCCAAGGAGUUGAAGUUGGUUGAUACCGAUGGAAAUGUGUGCAAAGCAAUAAACGGGACAGGGUCCAACCUCAAGUUGACCGAAGCCCACCUGGAAGAUAGUUCCACAUACGAUGGUGAUGAUGACAACAGAAGUGUAUCGAAAAGCACGACCUCGGAUAGUCAGAUAACCGUUCGCUCAAGUCCUCUUAGCAAUAAGGUAGACACUAUAUCCGUCUGUCGGCAGUGUCAUAAGAACUGUAAGAGCCGUAUGAACUCACCCAGCAGUAAUUCGUUAACAGUACAGCACAGUCAGACAUCAUCCAUCCGAUGUUGUGUGUCUUCCUCGACGACCACCAGCAGUUUGCACAAAAAUGCAAACUCAAACUCCAGUAUUUCUUCCACUAGCACCCUAACAAUGCAGAGCAAGUCGCCGACGAAAGUGGAAGAAACUCACGUGACCUCAGUUUAUCCAGAUACUCCAGAUUCUGCCCACAAGGCUUCACAUAAACAUUCGCCUCCAGCAGCACUCAGCCUCAACAACUACAAGACCAAGUGCCAAACGCCCUGCCACUGCAAGUGUACUCCGAAAGACUUCGAGAAGACCACUAUCAGUCCUGAUGAGGUUCUUCACGAACGGGUCAAAAUAUUGAAGAAUGUCAACGAAGUUAACGCCAAUACAGGCUCUCCCAAGCUCAACGGACACCACAUCACCACACACGAACUGCGCACCAGCAGAUGUGAUAGUAACAAAUGUGAUUCCAACGAUAACAACAACAUCGAAGACUGGUCGUUAAUGUUGAUCGGUCUGGCUCAGAUCAACCCCGCGGCAUCGCUCGUUCAUUUGGAUCCAUUCGAAGCGGUUCCCACCAUUUCAGUGGUUCCACCAACUCCCGACGCCCUAAAUAGCAACAACAAUAGACAACCCAUGUCUCUCAACUGGAGCGACUCCAAUCGCUUACAGCUGGGCAUGAUCAACGAAGACAACGGACCGGAUAACGACGAGUACUCUCCCGAUAACUCUCCGGAAGACGAGGUAGCAGAACCGCCAUACCGUGCGCUGAACACCGGCAUGAAGCGAUACGGAACGAUGUCCAGCUUGGAGCGGGUGCCGUCCGACGAAACCGACAAAACUUACAAUUCCUCAGAAGAAGACUCCGAAAACGACAUCAAAAUUGUCACCAAAGAAGUCUACGACGAUAACGCUCAAACGUUCAUGAAUUGGACGGCACGUGCCGGAAGCUUCAUCGAGGAAUCGCGAGCAUUCAUCGAUCGGUACCUCGGCCGAGGUACCACAGCCGAUGAGGAGGAACACAAGGAAGAUGUCGACGCCGAAGAGGAUAUCGUUGAAGGCGAAACGUCGGUAACGUCCGGCGAGGAGGUUUGGGGAACUCCAACGAGUGGAGGCGAGAACGAUGAUCUGCAAAUCUUCGGAAGCAUCGAGCAAACCCAUUCGUCUCCAACAAAGUCCUCAUCGUCCUACACGGGAGAUGACGAUACGGAACUGAUGAUGGAUGAACUGCUCAUGGCACCGCCCAUGACUGCCAGUGCCGUCCGGGGACUCUUGCCAAGACGAAAGCUAGAACCAUUGUUUGAGGAGGAAAGCGAAAGCUAUGAGGAAUCGGAUGACGACAGUAAGCCACUGAGUGGGCGAGAUAAACAGGGGCAAGCGGUGGAAAGAAAUCCUCCGGAUUAUGUGGACUUAAGAGGUUCCACCGAAUCCGACUCAGUAAGUACGACGCCGUUGUCAACCCCUCAGCUGGAAACGAGGGAGACGGUGAAGACGACCACACCCGACGAAAGCUAUGGGAGUGUUGCUGACAAAUGCUCUGCAUCUGUGCAGCUCCCGAGCAUCGGGAUGCCCUCUGCAAGCGGUAUCGAUCGUUUCGGGGCGAGUUCCGGUGCUGCGCCGAUCCUCACGUUGCCUCCUCCGCCGUCUACCGCCCCACCACCACACCUCUACGGGCUCAGUCCAAGGCUGGAGAUGCGUUUGGCGCUGAAUCACGACAUUCUCGGCGACGAAGAUUUGAUCAGCUACAGCCCGGCGCCGGACCUGACUUCGAUUCUCGGGCAAGACCUCUCCACAUACCACCGGAUGAGCGGGAAGGACAUCAUCAUGAACCGAAUCAUCUCCCGGGUGAACAGCUACAACAGUAUUCCGGUGGCACUGGCCAAGCAUACAGCGACCACCUCCUCUACGGCCAACCACAACAGCAAUCAACCGACGAGACCCAGUUCCAGCAAUUCAAUCUCUCCGAGCACCAGCGCCUGCCAGUCGCUGAAAAACGGAACGAGCUCAUCAUAUCAACAAAACAAUUCAAAGAUGGAUACUCCUACGCCCAGCCGGCGAAAAGCUCAAGAUCCAGCUACCUGGAACAGUUUUGGGUCUGUGGAUCGCGAAGAAAAGACUCUGUCGGACCUGGAGCGUUUAGCGAGGCGCGAGAAAGUCUACUGUAUGACGCAACUGAAUCAAAACGGCUCCCACCUGAAACAUACAGCUAGUUUCAACAAAUCCAGGACUUCCAAGCUAUUCAACUUUUUGUCGCGACGAAAUUCGGAGAACACUCUGCAUGGGUUCUUUGGAUCGUCGCGAGACAGCGGUGACGAUGUUCCUACUUCCCAUUCGGACUCGAGCCGGAUGAACUCGCCUCGGAAGGAAAACGACAAAUCACUAGACCGACGUUUCUGGAAACAACUGAGCAAACGACGACGUGGCAGUCUGACCGAGGUCACUGCCAAUGGCCCUUGAACAUCGAGCACAGUGGCAUCGCCUAACCCCCGAAUACCCUAUCCACCUACGAGCUCCAUCCUGGUCCUGCAGGAUCGACACCACAGUAAAGGGACAACUUCGAUCCGGAUUUCGAUUUCUGAACAGUAAAUAAGUAAUACGCUAAGUAAACCUAACUACCUAACAAGUUUUAGCAAAUAUCUCGCACUAUAAGAAUCUUUCAGAUUAGUUCGUUCGUAGAUAGUAUGAAAUAUUACCUAGUCAACCAAGAGUAAUGCAAACCGUUCGUUAUGACUUUUUGUCCUGUUUGUAACCCCCACUCCCCAAUGCAUACUGUCGUCUGUCCGAAGUGUUGUGUUUUUCUAUGAGUAGCAAUUUAUGGAGUAAUGUGUUAGCAGGAGUACACCUUCCAAGCUCCAGGCAGUAGUUGGGAUUGGAUUGAGUAAUAAGUAUUGGUCAAAGGUAAAUUGAUAAUCAUGGUUGAAAUUAGGGCAACUAAAUGGCAAAUUUUCAGAGAAAAAAAAUGUAGGAUUCGGAGCACAAUAAUUAGGAUUUAGGUAAAGUGAACAUAUUACAAAGCCGGCUUCGAAACACCGAGGAAGACAGCAAAUGUAGAGCAACAAUUAAGCGAAUCAAUUCGUGAUAGUAGGUAAUAAAUGAUAGUUUAGUUGUUUAUUUGGUUAUAGUACAACCGGCAGUUAACUUUAUCCAACCUUGGGAGAGUUUUGAUGAUACCGUAGUUUAGGAGUGAAAAGCGUUUUUCCUAGUGUAUAUAUUUUUAUCUAUGGAUUUUAAAAUACACAAUUUGUUACAAGAACUCGCAUGAAUCAAAUACGAAUACAAAACUUACAGGAAGCAGGAGACAUUAGUCAUUGCAGUGAUAUACAGAAUGAUAUGAUUAUUGGUGGUUUUAGGCGAAGUUAUAUUGAGUCAUUGUCGUACACUAGCAUCCUCCUUGAGAAGAAAUGACAGAAAUUACGGAUUUGAGUAUAACUCAUUUGCUUGGUAAUACUGCCCCUUCUACACAUGAUUGUUCCAUGUACAUAUGGAUUGCCAUACAAUAUGGAAUAAUUAUGCGGUGGACGACUGAAUUUGUGACAAAGGAGUUCGCUCCAAAAAAAAAGGUGAGCCCUGAGAAUCUACAUAUAUUUCAACGUGACUAGGCCGUUCUAAAAAUACCGAAAAAAACGGUUCUCGAAAGUACAUCAAGCAUUGAAAUUCUGUCAAAUAAUCAAAAUCAACAAUGUUAUACUCAAACGCGUAUGUUUCUCAUCUCUCAGGGGCUAGUAUUUGCAGCGAUUUGAUCACAUUUGACUGUGGUUUUAUUGAAGUUCACAAUUUUAUCUUGUAAUGAUGAAUGUCAAUGUGAAUUAGAAAAUUUUAGGUUUCUGUUAGAUGUAGCUCUUCACAGCAGGUCAAUUCGAUGCCAUCAAUAAGUAAAACGGGUCCCGUCCUAACAUUUUUUGUAACGAAAGUUUUGCACCUUUCCAUUCAAGACGGCACACUGGUCCGCAGAAAAAUGCCAAAGAAUUCAGUUUUCACUCAAACGUCCAGCAUAAGUUGCAAUUCCGUCGAAUUUAUUUUAUUUCCCUUGUGUAAUUAGACGUCACAAUUUUAAAAUACCAAUUUCACCAACAACCAAAAUAAUCUUAACGAACACGUACUUUUUAAAGUUUCCAUCUUGAGACAAGUAAAAUAAAAUAGAUUACGGAAAACGCCAAAUCGCGCAGCUUUACCUAACAGAUUUAAAA